ACCCUUGUGAUGUUUUCAUUCUCCUUGGCCUUGUGAUUCAACUCUUUCUUUUUUAUAUUAUCUUUUUUAUUGGUCCUUUCUUUUUCUUCACUCUUGUUCGUCGAUAAUAUUUUUUAAACAUAAUCACUGUUGAUUUGAGUAAAUUUAAAUGCCGCCUACAUAUAAUUGACGUUGAUUAGUGACGUUUAUAUUAUAACAGUUAUAGUCUCUGUGUCAUUAUAUUCCUAAUGGAUUGUUUAAUUGUGAAUUUAGUGAGAGUUUAAAUUUACAUUUGUACAUCAUAAGUAAAUUACCCAACUUGUUUUGUAUAUUGUGCUUCAAGGACAAUUUUUCAAUUUAAAGAAAUCUUCAAUCAAUACUCUUGGAAGCCAUCGUCAGCGAUCUAUCAUAAACAAUAACAAUUGUGGUAGUACAACAACCACAACAGUUGAAGAGAUUUCCAGUGACGAAUGGUUUCAAUCAUCUAAAACAGCCACUCUUAAAUCAACUGAUACCAAGCUAGCCAAAGAAUCUGCUGAUUUACUUCCCAAUUCUGGUGAUCUUUUCCCCUGGGAUUGUUACGAACCUAGUGAACCUAAAAACAUGGAUUCAGCAUACGAACAGCUUUGCCAACUCCACUGUCGAGCCACUAAAGCUGCAGCUCAUCAAGUUGAAGAUUUGGUGAGACGAGCGUAUGAGAAGAGAGAUUCAGCCGAAGCCUAUGUUCGGCAAACUAUUCAAGAUGCCUGGAAUGUCUGUCAUUUCCAUCAUCUUCCCAAAUGGCUUCAAGAUAAUGAUUAUUUACACACUGGUCAUCGACCACCUUUGCAAUCAUUCAAGGCCUGUUUCUGGUCCGUUUUCCGAAAACACACUGAAACUGGUAACAUUUGGACACACGGAAUAGGAUUUUUGAUUUUCCUUGUUCUUUCCUUGUAUAAAUUGACUGUUGCUUCCCAUCCUUGGUCUCUCAUGGAUAAAGCCAUUUUCGGCGCUUUCUUUCUUGGUGCUGUCCUUUGCCUUGGAUUCUCUACAUUUUAUCAUACAGUUUCUUGUCAUUCACCUCAAGUUGGCAGAUUUUUCAGCAAGCUGGAUUACUGUGGAAUCGCUUUACUCAUCACUGGAUCCAUUAUUCCGUGGCUCUAUUACGCAUUUUAUUGUGAUUAUUAUCCGAAAGUUAUGUAUACAGUGUUAACCACAACUCUUUGUGUUAUUGUUAUUAUCCUCUCGCUGUGGGAUAAAUUCAGUGAACCCAGCUACCGACCUGUUCGUGCAACUGUUUUUGUACUCUUUGGUCUGUCUGGAGUUUUUCCUGGUGGCCAUUGGUUAAUCUCACAUAACUGGUUUUCCGAUGUUAGUCUCCGUGCUUCCUUCAUUUGCCUUAUUAUCAUGGCAGUCCUUUAUCUGAGCGGCGCUCUCCUCUAUGCCUGUCGUAUACCUGAACGAUUUUUCCCUGGUAAAUGUGAUUAUUGGUUCCACAGUCAUCAAAUUUUCCAUAUUCUUGUUAUCGCUGCUGCCAUGGUUCACUAUCGUGGUAUCUCAGAACUUGCUCUUCACCGCCUUAGUAACACACAAACUUGCGACGCACGUUAAUCCACAAAAUCUAUGUUUUUCACCCUUAACUUAACCUCUAACCCAUUCCUUAUCCGGGUCAAUGAAAUCGCAUUACAUACUUAUACUUAGCAGCUAUACAAGUUAAAAAUUAUCUCACUCAUCAAUCCAUUAUUAAGAUCAUUUCUCACAACAUUUUCUCUACUUUUAGUUCAAAUGUGUAAUCGCUGCUAACAUAUUUGUAUGUGACCGUUUUCAUCACUCAUUUUCCCCUCUUUUUCGUCUUCUCACCCUUUUAAAAUCUUAUUUACUUUAAUGUCAAGAAUAAGUUCUGAGAGCCAAAUUUUCUUGGGCUUCUGCAACCUUUUCUUUAUCAUUUAACCCUAAAUCAAUUUUUCUCUCUUUUAUCUAUCCUUUCUUUUUGCCUUCCUCUUCAUCAUCAAAUCAUCAUCUCGCAGCAAGCAAAUCAUCAACAAGAUCAACUUGAGGGUUAAAUUCAACUUGAAUUGAAUUGCAUAAAAAGCAUAGAGUGGGCAAUAUAGCUUUUUUGUCAAUACCUUACUUAUGAUUGUUGAGUUAUUUAAUUUUUUAGUGAAAAAGAAAACAAAUUGCUACAUAAAUGCAUUAUUGUUAGAUUGUACUAUUAUUAUAUUAUUGAUAUUAUAAUUAUAUUAUUACAUUAUAAU